GGAUAACAAAAACGACGAGCAGGUUGGCGAAGCUGGAUAAAGCUUCGUCAUACAGGUUGCAGGGCAGGUGGCUGCGGGCGAGGCCUGGUGCAUGGCGGUCAGGCGGCGGACUCGGCCCUCCACAGUUCUAAUAUGGAGAACCAUCUUAUAUGUGGAAUACAUGUCUAAGGAGCCACCACCAGAGCACAAUGGAGAGCUUUGGCUUACAGGCAAUGACCCUUUCUGAUGGAACAACAGCCUAUGUUCAGCAAGAUGCUAAUGGAGAGAAGUUAAUUGAAGGGCAAGUGAUUGAACUUGAAGAUGGAUCCACAGCUUUUGUCCAACAAGUAACAUUGCAGAAAGAGUCCAUCACAUUUGAAGAUGGUCAGCCAGUAGCGUUGGAAGAUGGCACUAUGGCUUUUAUACAUCAUGCUCCCCAAGAGGGUUAUGACCCCAACACCUUAGAAGCAAUCCAGCUGGAAGAUGGAUCCACAGCUUUCAUUCAUCGUCCUGUCUCCCUGUCAGUGGGUAGCACCACACUGACAGUGCAAGCAGAUGUGGGACUGGAGGAAUUGGCUGUAGGAGAGAAAGAUGAUUCCUUUGAACUUGAUUCCAUUACUGCCCUCAAGGACUAUGCCAGUAAGGGCUUCCACGAGGAGGAAGUGGAGAGCAAUGGGAAGGAACCAAAGGUUCCUGAUAGAGUUUACCGCUGUGGUUACAGUGGUUGUAGCCGCCUCUUUACCACAUCUCAUCAUUUGAAGGUGCAUGAGCGGGUUCAUACAGGUGAUCGUCCAUACAGAUGUGACUUCUCAAGCUGUGGGAAAACCUUUACUACAGGUUAUAGCCUGAAGAGUCAUGUGAGAACCCACACGGGUGAGAAGCCAUACAAGUGUCCAGAAGAUUUAUGCACCAAAGCCUUCAAGACUUCUGGAGACCUGCAAAAACAUAUCCGGACACAUACCGGUGAGAGGCCUUUCAGGUGCCCUUUUGAGGGCUGUGGCCGCUCAUUCACCACCUCAAAUAUACGCAAGGUCCACAUCCGGACACACACUGGUGAGCGACCAUAUAUGUGCCCAGAGCACAACUGUGGGAGAGGGUUCACUAGUGCCACCAACUUCAAAAACCACAUGAGAAUUCAUACAGGGGAGAAGCCAUAUGCAUGCCUGGUGCCAGGCUGUGGGAAGCGCUUCACUGAAUAUUCUAGCCUUUACAAACACCAUGUGGUUCACACACACUGCAAGCCAUACACCUGCAACACCUGCAGCAAAACUUACCGCCAGACCUCUACGUUGGCUAUGCACAAGCGCACUGCGCAUGGGGAGCUGGAAGCUACAGAAGAGAGUGAACAGGCCCUCUAUGAGCAGCAGAUGAGAAUUGCCACGUUUGAUAUGCCUUCACUGAAACACCAGUGUAUUGUUUCUGUGAAGGUGGAACACGAGGAGGAGCAGGAGGAUUGCAGGGCUGUGCCAGUGACUCUCGUAUCUCAGGAUGGAGCAGAGCAGGUCCGUCUGUCUCCUGAAGACUUGCAAGUACUUGGCUGUGAUAUCACCAUGCUAACACAGAAUGGCACAGCAGUAUCAGUACCCCAGGAAGAUAUUUCAGCAAGUGGUACAAAUGUGCUGGCUAUGAUUGGCGCCGAUGGGACUGAAACACAUCCAGUUACAAUAGUCACUUCUGGGACAAAGGCAUCCGAGGAUUUGCCCACAGCAUCCAUCCACCAGCAGCAGCUGACAGUGCUAGCAACAGCAAAGGACACUUAUAUUGCAGUUCAGGUAAAAGAGCAGCAGAGCUCUGAUGAUGCCAUUAGUGUGUCAACCUCAGCAAUUCAACAGGAGUCUGCAACUCUUUAAGGCAUCCACAUCAAACAGUGGGUGCUGAGACCUCCCAUGGAGCUGGAGCAACUGAAGCUGGGUGGACCACUGGAGUCUUCAGAACCUCCAACUCAAAAGCCAAGUGAUGGGUGCUUAUCCUUCUGGACCAGAAGAGAUCCCCUACUAUUUGCUGCCAUCUGUCCGGCAUGAAUGAGCUGAUAACUGAGAAGCACAGAUGGUGAAGUUACAUGAACUAUUGGAUGAGACUUGGUUUAGAAAUAUUCCUCCUAUAAGUGCUACAACACGUUUUAUGGCCUCUUUAAGAAAGCCUUCCCUUAACUUUCUGAGGUGGCAUCCGCACUAUCAUUCUGGACCUUUCUAAUUUCUGCUGAAUGUUAUUGGAGGAAACACUUGUAUUUAAUUACUUGGAGGGCUAGAACAGCCUUCAUAAGAUUAUGGGACUUGCAUGACUGGGGAGAUUUAUCUCUUUGAAGUUUUUAGCAUUAAAUGUGUUUUUAGCCAUAGAAAGUUCAGGAAAAGGAAUUACGGGUAGAUGGGUGCUCUCUACUUUUCCUUACCUCAGAUACAUGGGAGCAGAAAGUGUUGGCACAGGAGCGGUCACACACUCUCUGAGCAUAACUGAAAUGCACAGUACCGGAGAAGGACAAAUAUUAAUGUGAUGGCUGUGCUGUAUGCAUUUCCCCGCAAUUGUUGUGGUUGCUUCCCAGUCUCAGCAAGUGGAAUAGACUGAAGCAGACAUGCCAAGGAGAAGAAACAGCUUUGUAUUACAUUUUCUUUGCCUCUUUCACUCUCUGAAAUAACAGAAGACGCUAAAUGUGUAUUUAAUAAAAUUUUGGACUUGAUGUUUUCGAUUUUCUCA